AUGGCCGAGAAAAUGUCAAAAGCUAACGAUAUUGAAGGUUUAACGAAAUUAUUAACCACGUUGAGAACACAUCUGCUUUCCUAUGGUAUGGCAAAAGCUGCAAAACUAAUCCGUAAUCUGAUCGAUUGUUGUCUGAAAAUUGGCAGGAAUUCCGAUUUUAAGCUUACAUUAUGUAUGGAAUAUAUUCAAUGGGCCAAGCAGAAAAAUCGAAUAUUUUUACGGUAUAUGCUUGAAGUACGUUUGAUGCGUCUGUUGAACGACAUAGGACGACACAUGGAUGUGUUGACUAUGAGUGCAAAAUUGAGAAAUGAGCUGAAGAAAGUUGAAAGCAAGGAUAUCCAGUUGGAGGUACAUCUGGAAGAAAGCAAAGCUGCCUUCGCGCUUAACAAUUUGAAUCGUUUUCGUACUGCACUCGUAGCUGCACGAACUAUAGCUGGCUCUUUAUACAUUGAUACUAAAUUACAGGCUCAGCUUGACAUGGAAUCAGGGAUACUGAAUAUGGCGGAGGACCGCGAUUUCAAAACGGCUUUUUCGUACUUUUAUGAAGCAUUUGAAAAUUUUGACACUAAUGAGGAGAAAGUUAAUGCUCGGAAGGCCCUUAAGUAUAUGUGUCUUGCAAAAAUUAUGUUAAACGAAGAAACAGAAGUAGGCUCACUGCUGUCCAGUAAACUAGCAACCAAAUAUUCGGGUCGUGACCUCGACGCGAUGAGAGAUAUAGCAACAGCAUUUGAGAACCGAUCCUUACAAAACUACUACAAGGCAACUGAAAAAUAUAAUGUGGAGCUUCAGUCCGAUUUCAUAAUCCGCAGAUAUAUUGAUUCGCUUGCUGAUACAGUGCUUGAAAAGCAUAUCAGUCAUGCCAUCGAGCCUUACUCCAUCAUUGAAAUGGCCACGCUAGCGAAAAAUAUCCACAUCCCAGUUAAACGAAUUGAAAAGAAACUGGCGCAAAUGAUUCUUGACAAAAAAUUCCAAGGCAUAAUUGAUCAACAGGACGGUACAUUAGCACUGUACAAUUUCCCACAUGACAUACAGAUGAAAACAUUCAUUGCAUCGGUGGAAGUCAUACGUGGUCUAUCCCAGACAAUUGACGAGAUCUAUUCCUGUGCAAAUAACCCGUAG